AUGCGCUCUUUUUCGGGCUGGACCUGUAUCAAAAGUUCUCGAGCAUGCAAUUACUCUAGAAGAUCAGUGUUUCGUCCGUUUCAGACUCAUAGUGUGAAAAACCAGAAUGAUGAUCCGAACCGAAGUUCAGGAGAUACUCCACAGACUUUUGAUGAGGAUCAUGUAUGGCUUAAAGUUCCAGAAGAGCUUCAUUUCGUCUACAUAGAGGACCCAUAUUCUGAGCAGUACGACGCGAUAGCUGAUGGGUUUAUUUCUCCAGAAGCAAACUCUGAGGUGCCACACCAAGGAUUCGGCCCACGGGUUGAUAUAAAUUCAUUGGCCAUUGAUGUUCAAGCGCCUGCUCAAGAUAUAGUUCCCGGAGAGACACCUAGUUAUGACAACUAUGCUGUCGAUUCAAGACUAGCAACACUCUAUCUGAUAAAGCAUUACAAACAAGGACCCGGCACAUGGUUCGAUAUAUUUGAUACUGGUUGCUACUUCUCUGGCAAAGUCCCCGUCAAAGCAGCCUCAAGUCCUCUCCUCAAAUCAGCCAUUUGCGCUAUUUCUGCAAAGCAUUUGUACCGCCUCACCAAGAACACGUCCCACUCAGUAUCUAGCCCGCUAUCCCGAGGCCCCUGGCUGUCGUAUGACUGGCACUACGAAUCAGCAAAACAUUAUGACGAUGCGAUCAAUCAUCUGAAGCGAGCAGUGGACUUGCAAACUUACGAGAAUGAUUUGAGUGAGAAAGAGGAUAUGUUAGCGGCUGUCGCGAUUCUUUGUAUCUAUGAGCUCAUGGAUGCACCUGGAACGGCAUGGAGGGCGCACUUGAGUGCUUUGCCACUGUUUCAGUCUACUGAAGAUGCUCCUAAUCCCUCUCCAACAAUAGUGAUUCCCAGGACCGCCAUCCAGGGUCCCAUUCUUUGGAGUUUGGCGAGGCAAGAUUUACUAUGCGCUUUUAUCAGCGAAACGCAAACACGACUUGACCUGAAGGAUGUUCGUCUUUGGCAAAAUGCAGGUCUCGCAACUACCGAAGAUGGUACUCUAAUGCCCUUCAGCCCUCUCUGCUCAGCAGAUAUUCGAACCUCGGCAGAUGUAGAAGAAGACACCAAAAGCAAUGAAUUGACAUGGCUGAUAGGCAAGCUCUCAAAUCACCUCACAUCGGGUGAUGCCAUCAACCCCGCAGACUAUGCGCUACCUAAUGGUCAACGUCCAACAGUCGGGGUAACUCAAGAGUGUCUGCUUGAGCGUUGGAAAUUGUUGGUGGUAGAAUUCAAAAAGUGGCACGAGAGCCUUCCUCGGACGUUCAUGUCAUACGCACGAACGCCAUAUCCAUUGGGAUCACAAUCAUGCUUCAGCGCCUUUGACCAGGUAUGGUACGAGUUGCCGAUUUGCGCUGCCACCAUGCAAAACUACUACAUGGCAAUGGUACUACUACUCGUGAAUCAACCACAAGAAUCCACCUUUAUCCGCUCAAAUGUAUCGGCGCGUUUGAAUUCGUACAGGAGGAUUCAAGAGGAGGUCCGUCAUUACGCAAAGGAGAUAUGUGGAAUAAGUCUCGCUGAUCCGAGUGAUCCGGUAAGGGCGAAUUCCGUACAAGCACUGUUUGUGGCGGGACAGGUGUUCCAUGAAAAGGAAGAGCAAGACGCCGUUCUGAAGCUGCUGGAGGAUGUAGAAAGGGAUUUAGGGUGGACAACGAGGUUUCACAGGGCGAAACUUGUUGAUGAGUGGCCCAAGGACAUUUGA